AUGUCGCGCGUCGUCCAGAAGAAGAACCACUGGGCCGGCCGGGUACGGCAAUGUUCGCUCACCCGUGGGCCCGGCGGGCAGCUGGGUUUCGCCCUCCUCGGCGGCGCGGAGCACGGCGAGUUCCCUUACGCGGGCGCGGUGGCGGGGGACGGCGAAGCGGCGCUGAGCGAAGGGGAGCUGCUGCUGGAGGUACAGGGGGUCCGCGUUUCGGGCUUACCGCGUUACGACGUGCUGGAAGUGAUCCGGAGCUGCAAGGACCCCAUCGUGGUGAAAACCGUCCGACAAGGAAGCAGACUGAACAAAGACCUGAGACAUUAUCUCAACCAGAGGUUUCAGAAAGGAUCACCGGAUCACGAUCUGCAGCAGACUAUUAGAGAUAACCUUUAUCGCCAUGCUGUGCCUUGCACAACCCGCCCUCCGAGAGAAGGAGAAGUGCCUGGUGUGGACUAUAACUUUCUGACUGUGGAGGAGUUUCUGGAGUUGGAGCGAAGUGGGACCCUUCUGGAAGUAGGAACUUAUGAAGGUAACUACUAUGGAACGCCCAAGCCUCCCAGCCAGCCCCUCAGUGGGAAAGUGACUUCCACCGAUGCUUUGCAAAACCUGCAGUCUGGCUCCAAGCAGUCGACUCCAAAGCGAACCAAGUCUUACAAUGAUAUGCAAAAUGCUGGCAUAGUGCAUACAGAGAAUGAGGAAGAGGAUGAUGUACCUGAAAUGAGCAGUAGCUUCACAGCAGAGUCUGGUGACCAAGACGAGCAUAAUACGCAUAUCCUAAGAGAGACAGCCCCACCGUCUGCGAUUGAUAACCACACCAACGUUCCCACCACGGAACCAUCUCAGAACCUCCCUCAAUACCUACCUCCUUCUGCCGAGGAUAACCUAGGUCCUCUGCCGGAAAACUGGGAGAUGGCCUACACCGAGAACGGAGAAGUCUAUUUUAUAGACCAUAACACAAAAACAACAUCUUGGCUAGAUCCACGGUGCCUGAACAAACAGCAGAAGCCUCUAGAAGAAUGUGAAGAUGAUGAAGGGGUACACACGGAGGAACUGGACAGUGAACUAGAGUUGCCUGCUGGUUGGGAGAAAAUUGAGGAUCCCGUAUAUGGUGUCUACUAUGUAGACCACAUCAACCGGAAGACCCAGUAUGAAAACCCAGUUCUUGAAGCAAAGAGGAAGAAACAGCUUGAGCAGCAGCAACAGCCACCAGAAGGUUGGCACCACCAAAGCGUGAUGAUUGGGCUUUUCAUGAGGGAACAAUGGACAGAGGAGUGUCCAUCUCUCCCACCACCCGCUGCUCCAAACCAUGUUUCAAACAACCAAGAGACAGUUCGGGAAGCGCCAGUGCAAGGAAAACCUUUUUUUACACGAAACCCUUCUGAGUUGAAAGGCAAGUUCAUCCACACCAAGCUAAGGAAAAGCAGCAGGGGUUUUGGCUUCACCGUCGUUGGAGGGGAUGAGCCGGAUGAAUUUCUCCAAAUCAAAAGUUUGGUGCUUGACGGCCCCGCAGCGCUGGAUGGCAAAAUGGAAACAGGGGACGUCAUAGUCAGUGUGAACGAUACCUGUGUGCUGGGGCACACUCACGCUCAAGUUGUGAAAAUCUUCCAGUCCAUCCCCAUCGGUGCCAGCGUGGACCUCGAACUGUGCCGAGGCUACCCCCUGCCCUUCGAUCCCGACGAUCCCAACACGAGCCUGGUUACGUCCGUGGCAAUUUUGGACAAAGAGCCGAUCAUUGUGAACGGGCAGGAAAAUUACGACUCCCCAGCGAGCCACAGUAGUAAAACAGGGAAAGUAAAUGGCACAAAGGAAGCGAGACCCAGCAGCCCGGCUGAGGUCUCCUCCAACGGACCCCAUGGUUACCCCAAUGACACGGUGUCUUUGGCGUCUUCGAUAGCAACACAACCGGAACUCAUAACUGUGCAUAUAGUGAAAGGGCCUAUGGGCUUUGGGUUUACUAUAGCAGACAGUCCUGGUGGGGGUGGCCAAAGAGUGAAACAAAUUGUGGACAGCCCAAGGUGCCGCGGCCUGAAGGAGGGUGACCUUAUAGUCGAAGUCAACAAGAAGAAUGUGCAGAGCCUCACUCACAACCAGGUGGUGGAUAUGCUGAUUGAAUGUCCUAAGGGAAGCGAAGUCACGUUGCUGGUGCAGCGAGGAGGACUGCCGGUCCCAAAGAAGAGCCCAAAGUCGCAACCACUUGAAAGGAAAGACAGCCAAAACAGUUCUCAGCAUAGCGUCUCCAGCCACCGCAGCGGGCACACCGCUUCCCCCGUUCACAGCACGCAGGUGCUGCCGGACUACACGGCUGCGGAGGCGCCGGCUGCGGAUCAACCGGACAGUUCUGGGCAGAAAAAGCCAGAUCCAUUCAAAAUCUGGGCCCAGUCCAGGAGCAUGUAUGAAAGCCGACUUCCAGAUUACCAAGAGCAGGAUAUCUUUCUAUGGAGAAAGGAAACCGGUUUUGGAUUUAGGAUUCUAGGUGGAAAUGAGCCUGGAGAACCUAUUUACAUCGGUCACAUUGUACCGCUGGGUGCUGCUGAUGCUGACGGCCGCCUGAGAUCGGGUGAUGAACUGAUCUGCGUGGAUGGGACGCCUGUUGUCGGGAAAUCGCACCAGCUUGUCGUCCAGCUUAUGCAACAGGCAGCCAAACAAGGUCACGUCAAUCUGACCGUCAGGCGCAAAGUGGUUUACACAGUUCCCAAGGCGGAGAAUGAAGUCCCAUCCCCAGCCUCUUCCCACCACAGCAGCAACCAGCCGGCCUCGCUGACAGAGGAGAAGCGAACGCCACAGGGCAGCCAGAACUCCCUCAACACCGUCAGCUCGGGCAGCGGCAGCACCAGUGGCAUCGGCAGCGGCGGCGGCGGCGGCAGCGGCGUCGUCAGCGCCGUGGUCCAGCCCUACGACGUGGAAAUCCGCCGCGGCGAAAACGAGGGCUUCGGCUUCGUCAUCGUCUCGUCGGUGAGCAGGCCGGAGGCGGGGACGACAUUCGCGGGAAAUGCAUGUGUGGCCAUGCCUCACAAAAUAGGUCGGAUAAUUGAAGGGAGUCCUGCAGACCGCUGUGGCAAGCUGAAAGUAGGCGAUCGGAUCUUGGCCGUGAAUGGGUGCUCCAUCACCAACAAGUCGCAUUCAGACAUCGUCAACCUCAUUAAGGAAGCGGGAAACACCGUUACCCUGCGCAUCAUUCCAGGAGAUGAAUCCUCCAAUGCUACUUUAUUGACCAAUGCAGAAAAAAUUGCUACAAUUACAACCACACAUACUCCUCAGCAAAUACCACAGGAGACCAGGAACAACACCAAACCAAAGCAGGAAUCCCAGUUUGAUUUCAAGCCACCCCAAGCAGCGCAGGACCAAGAUUUUUACACUGUUGAGCUGGAAAGAGGAGCCAAAGGGUUUGGCUUUAGUCUGCGAGGUGGCCGGGAGUAUAAUAUGGAUCUGUACGUGUUGCGGCUAGCUGAGGAUGGUCCAGCUGAGAGAUGUGGGAAGAUGAGGAUCGGUGAUGAAAUCUUAGAGAUCAAUGGAGAAACUACCAAGAACAUGAAGCAUGCUCGGGCCAUCGAACUGAUUAAAAAUGGUGGCCGCAGGGUCCGCCUGUUUCUGAAACGUGGAGAUGGCUCUGUCCCAGAAUAUGACCCCAGCAGUGACAGGAACAGUCCCGCCACAGGUUCACAAAAUGUAUCGGAAAUGAAACCCGUGCCAUCCGACCGACGGCAGCACCCAUCAUCGGAGUCCAGUUAUCCACCAGACCUUCACAAAUCAUCACAACAUGGGGACAAGCGGACUUACCUUAGAGACCUAAAAGGCAGCAGAGAGUUUAGCAGACAUCCCAACGAACACCACACUUGGAAUGGGACUUCUAAAACCAACGACCACGUGCCAGGCAGGAGGACGGAGAGGUCGCCGGAGAGGAGGCACGAGAGGCAGCCGGAGAGGGCGGUGGUGAACGGGCAGAAGAGGAGGUCUCCCGAAAAGCGGAGGGAAGGGACGAGGAGCGCCGACAACACUUUGGAGAGGCGGGAGCGACACGAGAGGAGGCGAGACCGAGACCUCUCCCCCGAGAGGCGCAGAGAGCGGUCGCCCGGCCGCCGCCGGCGCUCGCUGGAGAGACUGACGGAGCCGAGGAGGUCGCCCGAGCGGAGAAGAGAGAGCUCCCUCGACCGGCGGGCCAAGUCGUCCGACCGGCGGAGGGAGAGGUCGCCCGACAGACGGCUCAGGGAGGAGCGAGUCGGCCACCGGGAGAGGGAAGAGCCCGGUUGGAAGCACGAGCCGAGCCGCAGGCACCCGCCCGAGCAGCGCAGGCGGCCGUACAAGGAGUGCAGCACCGACCUCAGCAUCUGAGGGGGC